AUGGGGAUUCUAUCUUGGUGGGGAGGAAAGAAGGAGGCUCCAUCCUCCUCCGGAAGCAAACCCACCCAGAAACCCGUCCCGAAGGACAAGCCUUUGCCCCAGCAAUCCGAGGUCCCGGGUAUGAACGGCGCUGUGGAGGUCAUCCGUUCCGGAGCUCCGCCGCCCGACGUCACGGUCUUCGAGUUCGGGUCGGUAGCCACUUCCACCGACAAGGUCACCCUGGCCGGGUACUGUCCCGUAUCCGACGAGCUCGAACCCUGCCGCUGGGAGAUCUUACCGGCCAGUGGCGACGAUGCUCCUCAGUUUCGCGUGGUCUUCUGA